AGUCAGGUUCGCACACACACGGUGAGAGCGAGAGACGUAAACAGACUGUGUGUGUGUGAGUGUAUGUGUGUAUGUAGGGAGGGACAGGGAGGGAGACAGAAAGAGGCGCGCGAGAGAGGAGGACGCAGGCAGACGCAACUCCAGAGUCCAAAACACGACUGGUGGGACAGUUUUGACAUUUUGGGAGACAGUUUUAUCUGAAGUGGACAUUUUUUUGGGGGGACACCUGACGGGCUGGUUGCCAUGGACCCGCUGCUGCCCGUGGACACCGAGGUGAUGGAGCGAGAUGCGGACAAGGAUGCGAGGAGGAAGAUCCAGUUCUCCGUGCCUUCCUCCGUGCCCACCCAGCUGGACCCGCGACAGGUGGAGAUGGUGAGCGCGAGGAUUCGACGUCGGAGGCCGACACCAGCCACACUCUUCAGAUUGACAGACCCACCAUCACCAGAGGAAGAUAUUGGCCCUCACCAGUGGGUUCUGGGGGAAAAUGGAGCACUGAAAGCCAAACUGGUUCACACGUCAACCUACCAGCCACCCUCACUUAAAGCUGUCCAGAGGAUGGCCCAGGCCCACCUAGCAUCCCUAGACAUGUCCUCUGUGGACAAAGAGGAUCCAUCUUCUGGGGAGGAAGAUGAGGAACGUGAGAAGGACAGCCCGCAAACAGCCUCAGCUACAGAUCUAAGGGAAGAAAGCAAACCUCUCAGGGAUCAGUGUUCUCCGCCGGUCAGUUUGACAGGCAGUGCUGAUCCCAGCCGUCACCACGGAGAUGAAGAGGAGGCCAAAGAAAGAGAGGAGAGAAAAGGAGAAUGACAAAAGAAUAGGCCUCCGAUGGAGACAGAGUGUUAGCGUGGAACAGACUUGCAUAGCACACGUAUAGGCCAUUUGUGUGCGUGCAUGGGUGCACGUAUGAGUGUGUGUUAUUUGGGUCUGUGAGUGUGUGCAUGCAUGCGACAAAAGAGCUGAGUGUGGAAAAGACUGAGAGAGGAAAACAGAUGGACAUUGAGGAAGGUCAGAAUAUUAAUGAGCGGGAAUGAGGAAAAGUUUAACCUGAGACUUCAAGUCUCGGUCAGACGAGGAAGUCAGGGCUAAAUUCCGAUCAGCCAAGGACACUGCACAAGAAAUAUGAGAACUGCAAUGAACUGUGGCAUUUUCUCAAGUAAAUAAAUGUGCGUUGUUUUUUUUGGUUCAGGAUUUAACUGAAUUUAUGAGACUUGCUCCUUGAGUAGUUUUUUGUUUCGUCCAGAAAACCAUAUCCAUGUGUGACAAAUCAGAUUUUGAAUCACCUUUAUUCACAUCAUGUACAGGACAUGUCACAUAGUGAUACUGGUGCUAAAACACACAUCUUAACAACAACUAGAAAGAGCACAUGAUGCACACACGUCAAGAUAACAUAAGCCAUCAUGUAAAAUACAUACACACCAUCUUAGAAAUAUUUUACAAACAUGAAAGAUCGAUUUUAAGUGUUGUGCAAAAAUGUUUGAUGAGGUUGUUAUUUUAAAGUAUGUCUCACACAAUUCAGCCAAAUAUUAUAAGUAAGAUCCUGGGGCUAUUAUAUGAUACGCAGAUAUGAUACUAUAGAUACCAGAAGUGUGGACUCAAGUCAGAUAACUUGGACUCGAGUCUGUUUUAAGUAAAAAAUGAUCAAAAAUGUGAUGACUUUACAUUGGACUUGUUAACAUCAAGGACUCCUGACUUUACUUGGAUUUAAGCCUUUUACUUGAAAAUGGUUUAUACCUUCCCCCAAGCCCAAAGAUUAAAAAGAAGGUAAAAAAAAAAAGUGUGCUACAAAUCCUUCCCUUCUUGAAUCAACGCUAUUCAACACUUGAACCAAGGCUUCAACCCACUGAACCAAUUCAACAGUGUCAAAUCAAGUUGCAGGAGAGAACCAUGAAGAA